AUGUUGGGCGACUUCAAACCAGGUCUCAAAGUGACUGGAUCUUACGUUGGAGUUUUUACUACUCUGAUACCUGCGAAGGUGGGACACUACACUUUGGCUGUGCGUUGCGCCGGAUCCUUUUCGUUAAUGAUGGACGAUAAAGAGAUCUCCUCAGGUCCCGCCAUUCCCACAACAACGCAUCAAUUCAUUUUCAACCAUGUUCUCCUCGAGGUCCGGAAACAGGUUUCAAUGCAGGCGCAAACUACGUACAAAUUUGAGCUUAUUAUUCAAGGAUCGGAAAGGCUUAGCAUGGAUUAUAAUGAGGAGUGCGAGUCUGAAGGAUUCGAUCUUGAGUUUAUCGAACUUCCAGCUUAUCAGACCCGAAUGAUACGAGCUGUAGCAGCUGCCUCUCGCAAGUCCGUUUUGGUCCUUCAUGCUGACAAUCCAAUCGAUAUUAGUGCAGUGGCUGAUCACGUCGAUGCUGUUCUCCCAGCGCACUUCCCAGGUCAAGAAGGUGCACAUGCUGCAGCAGAUAUGUUGACAGGGCGUGUUUCUCCAAGCGGCAAGCUCGCAACGGCAUGUUCAAGACUCUAUCCGGGGCGCCCACUGUAA